AUGGAGGAGAAGUUACUUAAUGAUGACCGUUUCAAAGAGAUUCAAAAAUUAAAUGCUCCACAUACAAAAAGAAGAUCGAUUGUACUUGGUGCAACUAAUGAACUAAGUAGUAGUGACGCAAGUAUUACCUCCAGCGAGACUGAACAAACUGGAAUCACUGAUCAAAAUGUAAAUAUAUUAGACACGAAAUUGGCAGACUAUGACAACAACAAGACUAACAACAAAGGUGAAUACAAAAACAAGAACAAGAACAAGGAUGAAGUAGAUGAAGAUUCCAUUACAAAUACGGGCACAGUGGAUGCACAGACGGUACCAAUGGCAGUUUUAUCACCAGCAAUGUCCGCUCAAAGCAAUUUGGAUGAAAAUAUGUUCAUGAGUCAUGUUCAUGUCCUUCACGAUAAAGAAAAGACAAGAUAUAAAAGAGGUACAGAAACUUUUAUUUCCUAUUUUGAUGAUGUAGCAUUCGAACCAAGACCAAGUAUUCUUGAUGGAUCUGUUAAUGAACCAUAUCAAUUAAAUUUUCAAGGACCUACUUUAGAGAAAAUCAUGAAAGAUUAUGAAAUGCAACAGAGAAAGUUAAUUCGUCAAGGGAAAUUGAAUCCAGAUGAUAUCAUUACUUUGGAUACUUCUAAAGCUAUUACUAAUUUUUCAGGUAUUUAUGUGGCAGGUUGGAUGGCUAUUGCUUUAACUGCAUUUAGAGUCCUCGUUGAUUAUUAUUUGGAUCAUGAUAACUCAUUUAGAGAUUCCUCUAUUUUAAAGUUUAUGACUACUGAUAUUGUUACCGUCGCGAUGGUGGAUUUAACAAUGUAUCUUUGUACUUAUUUCAAUUUCUUCAUUCAAUAUUGUUGUAAGAGAAGAUGGAUUAAAUGGAAACGUGUAGGUUGGACAAUUACUUCAAUUUAUGAAUUUUGGUUUGUUUUGUUUUUCAUGAAUGCAACUGAAAAGAUUUUGAAACUACAUUGGAUAGCUAAGAUUUUCUUAUUUUUACAUUCUUUAGUCCUUUUGAUGAAAAUGCAUUCCUUUGCCUUUUAUAAUGGUUAUUUAUGGUUCAUUUAUGAUGAGUUGAAAUAUUCCAAGAAAGCAUUGGCAAAGAUUAAAGAUGAAAAUGAGAAAAAUCAAAAUCAAGAUAUAAUAAAGACUUUAAAGAAAAGUAGUUCGUUUUGUCAAUAUGAAUUGAAUGCUCAAACUAACGAUGAGAAUUUAAAAUUCCCGAAGAAUAUUAAUUUAUCAAAUUAUUUUAUGUAUACAAUGUUCCCCGCACUUGUUUAUCAAAUUGAAUAUCCAAGAACUAAAAAGAUUAGAUGGCGCUAUGUGACUGAAAAAGUGUUUGCCAUAUUUGGUACCAUUUGUUUAAUGAUUAUUGAUGCUGAAGUUUUCAUGUAUCCAAUAGCCGUGAAAGGUUUAGAAGUUCGAGAUUCUGGUAUGCCAUUUGUUGAUAAAUUUGGUGUAUGGUUAAAAUUGUUCAUUGAUCUAAUACCAAGUUUUAUUGUGAUGUAUUUAUUAACUUUUUUUUUAAUUUGGGAAGCAAUAUUGAAUUGUAUUGCAGAAUUAACCAGAUUUGGUGAUAGAUAUUUUUAUGGUGAUUGGUGGAACUGUGUCAGUUGGGGAGAUUUCUCUAGAAUUUGGAAUGUUCCAGUGCAUAAAUUUUUGGUUAGACAUGUUUAUCAUAGUUCUAUGAGUUCAUUGAAAUUGAACAAAAUGCAAGCAACAAUGAUGACCUUUUUCAUUAGUUCUGUAGUUCAUGAAUUAUCCAUGUUUGUUAUCUUUAAAAGAUUAAGAUUUUACUUAUUCUUCUUCCAGAUGUUACAAGUUCCCUUAAUGAUGAUUUCAGAAUCGAAAUAUUUUAAAGAAAGAACAAUUAUUGGUAAUGUUAUUUUUUGGAUUGGUAUAUGUGUUGGUCCAAGUAUGAUGUGUACAUUAUAUUUGGUUUUCUGA